UGAGUUUCUGUCCAUGGUAGAUAGAUAUACGAGGAGAGAGACACUUCCAGUCGAGGAGCUCCGACGCCACAAACCGCCCGUGCCGCGCGCGCGUCGCAUCUGCCGCUUCUGCAAGAAGCGAUGGGCGGUCGAGGACGAGUGCCACGUGCUCAUUGAGUGCACCGGAGACGAGGUAGAGGCCCGACGAGCGUUGUUCUGGGAGGAUGCCACCGCCCUCCUGCCCAAGCUCCCGGCAAUUGCCCAUUCCCUCUCCACCCCAGCAGUACUGGACAUGCUGCUCACUCGGGAGAAGACAAUCAUUCCUCUCGCCGAGUUCGUCGCGGACGUCUUCGACCUAUGCGACAACGUCCCGUGCUUCAUUGUCCCCGACGAUGACGCUCUUCUCGCGCUCGCCCUGUAACGCCGGCGCGAGGCGACCAGGCAUAGGAUCUGGCGAAGGCAAGCAAUGUCUGGCAAGACGUCCCUACUUGGGUUUCACGCGGCCACGCUACCGUUUCGCCCGCUCCCUUCGGAUCGCAUGGAGGCGCUACAGGAUGGAUGAGCCCCCGUUCUGGUUGGGCGAGUGUAAUGAGAGGCCGCUUCGUCUCACGGCGGUCUCUCCCCCUGCAGGUUUUUAUGCCGCUUAAUGGCUUUUCCUGCCCCGUACUCCUUUUUUUCCCCACCGGGGUUUUUUUUUUUUAUCGCUACGUGGAGCAGGGUUUUUCGUCUGAUCGGCACUUCGAGUGCCAGGAACGACUCAUACUGUACGACUAGGGCUUCAUUUCAUACGAUACGAAGGGGAGAUGCCGGGACGCUGCGCUGCUGGGUACUUAUCU